GAACUUCUCUGCAGCCACGUAUAAACAGUUCGGCCCAUCUCAUCUCACCCUCUGCCCUCCUUCCUCCCUGAUUUCAUCUCUCGACACCGCAUUCACUGCCUCCACCCCACCCCUCGAGCUCGUUGUGCAUUGUGGCCUCCGACCCCUUUUCAGUCUUCACGAUUGAGCUGUGAGAAGCAUGUACCGCCAGAAUUUUGCUCCUCCGCCGGCGCAGUCGCCUCCGCUGCACCAUCCUGUACCGCAACAUGUGUCGACCGUCCCGAUGAUGCGCUCACCACCUCCCCCGACAUCCCAGCAGCCCCAAACGGCCAGCUAUGGCAAUCCGUACCAGCCGGCUCCCGCCCAAGGGGGCAGUGGCACCUACGCCCCCGGUUUCGGGGGCUUCAUUAACGAUCCGACGGCACAGAUGGGAUUCCAGGUCGGGAAGACCGCGAUGGCUGCCGGACAGGAAUACAUGGAGCAGAACUUCAACCGCUACGUCUCGAUACCUGCGCUCAAACACUACUUUAACGUCUCCAACUCCUACGUGUUGAACAAACUGGUUCUGGUGCUUUUCCCAUGGCGACACAAGCCUUGGUCCCGUCAGCAGGCACGCAUGACGACAGCUUCGACGGGGCCGAAUGGUCAGAUCUCCCAACAGCAGUACUCAUCCAUGUUCCUGCCCCCUCGCGAUGACCUGAACUCGCCCGACAUGUAUAUCCCGGUUAUGGCACUGGUCACAUACAUCCUGCUCUCGUCCAUGCUCGCGGGAUUCCGAGGCAAUUUCCACCCGGAGCUCCUGGGUUCGACGACUACGACAGCGAUUGCGGUGAUCUUGUUCGAGAUCCUGUGCCUGAAACUGGCCAUGUAUAUUCUCAGCAUCAACAACGAGUCGCAACUCCUGGAUUUGGUCGCCUACUCGGGCUACAAGUUUGUGGGAAUCAUUCUGACCCUGGUGUUUUCGGAGGUCCUAAGUCCGGGGAGGGGCACCGGUGGCUGGGUUGGCUGGAUCGUAUUCGUCUACACAUUCUUGGCUAAUGCGUUCUUCCUGCUCCGUUCCUUGAAAUACGUCUUGCUUCCGGACUCGACCAGCGAUGCGUCCAUGCGCACGGGGUCGAUGCACACCGUUGCCCGUUCGCAGCGCAACCGUCGCACGCAGUUCCUGUUCAUCUACUCCUACGUGGUGCAGUUCAUCUUCAUGUGGGUGCUGAGUCGGGAGGGACCCAUCGCCAUGGUUUCUGCCAACGCCGCUGGCUCCGGGGCAUCGUCAUAGUGCGGGAUGCGAUAGAGGAAGCUCACGAUAAAAUCAUAACGGCAUAAUCGGUGAAAGUUGUUAGGUAGAAGGCUUGAUUACGAUCAUUAUGUAUGUUAGAUAAAUACCACAUCUAUUGAUUUCUUUGCUUUGGGCAUAGUGGACUCACAUCGUUUACUCACAUCGUUACCGUGAAGAGUGGGUACGGAGGGGUCCAGACGUUUUGGGCCUUCUCUACUCGGGGCUGAGAAAGCAUCUAGAUUGGUCUGGCAACUACGACUGGAAGCUACAGUAUUUGGCUCUGGGAAGAUCGUGUAAAAUUAUAGGUAUAUUCA